AUGUCAAAAUAUCCUCCAAGAAGUGCGAAUAAUAAUUAAAAAUCCCUAACAAGAACAUCAUUAUCAAACGAAAGGAAGAAAAGCCCAGUUGUUGCAAAAAUCAAAGAGGGAAGUAUUCACAAAUUGAUCGAUACAACUCAUAUUAAAAAUGGAAGUAGAUAAGAGAGCUAAGUAAUGAAUAUUGCAAAUGUGAAUAAUAAAAUAAAAGGUCAUUAGAAAAAUGAGGAUAGACAUAAUAAGCAUAAUAGAAAUUUCUCAGAUAACUUUUUAAGAUUUUCAGAGGAAUCAUAUGAUAUUAAGACAUCACAGGGCAUGAUGAGUAAUGAUUCUUAUAGAGAGCAAAUGGUCUCUGUUAAAAUAUUAGAUCUAAAUAUUAAGUUAGACUCAAAUGUCAAUCCUAUGCAAUAAGUCAUUUAAAACUAGUCAGCACAAUAUUAGCACCAACCUUAUUAUCAAAUGAAAGAGCCUAUCGAUGGCAGAGUAUCUGACUCAGAGGUUGUUGAAGAUGAAAUAAACGAUGAUACUUAAGAAAAUGCUAUAAAUAUGGUGGUUAAACAGACUUUAAAGCAGCACCAUGUGCUUUCAAAUUACAACAAUGAGGCAACGAUAACAAUGGAUCAAGUCAAUCAAUCAAAGAAAAAAAGCAAUAGUAGCAAAAGCAGCAUUAGUCGAGUGAAUUCUCAAUCUAAGCAUAGAAGAGGAAUUUAUAAUGUAAAUCAAAGAAAAGAAAUACCUAAGAAUGAAUAUAAACUUAAAACCCCUAAAAAAAGAUUCGGGAGCUCUUCCCCAUCUAAAGUUAACUAAAAGAAUUUAAUAAAGGUUGUAUCUCCUAUCAAAAAAUCGUUAAAUUAACCACAAUAGGAGACUAUCGCUAAUAGCUAAGUUAAUCAUUCACAAAUUUAGGUCAAAACAUCAAAAUAUCUAAAUGAUAACAGUAACAAUCAAAUCUUACAAGAGGAUUUUACUGCAAAUCUUUAAAAUCCUUAGUUUUAACUGUCAAAACAUAUUUAAUUUGUCUCAGAUUCACCUCAGUAUAACGAUCAAAACUAAAGGUUAAGUAAAAGUGUAAAUCUAUCAAAGAGAGUAAAUCAAAGUUAAUCACAAAAAUAUCUAGCUAAUGUUAAACCUUCAACUAAAAACAUUGUUGGUGAUACUGAAAACCCAGAGUCCCCAUUUAAACAAUCACUUAAGAAAAAGAACGAUUUACUUCUCAUCUAAAAAACUCAGAGAGAGAUCAAUCAAGUACUUUAGCAUGUGCAAUCAAAUUUUGCAAACAAUGAUUAAGACUAGUAGGAAUAAAAUAUCAAUAAGAUAAAUCUAAUUCAGUUUUAUGAUAUCUUCUAUUACCUAGGUACUUUUCAAUUCAAGCAUCAAAUUUCUUAAAUGGCUUAACUAAGGUAAAUAAGAGAAUAAAACUUCGCCUCAAAUCUAUGGUUUUAUAUAGUAAAGUAAAUUGAUCCAGAUUGCGAGAAUAUUUAAGAUGCUUUAAUAGACUUACUGGCUUUGAGAUAAAUAUUAAUGAUGCUAUAUCAGAUAGCAUCAAAGGAUGUUCUGAUUCAGACUAUCUAAGAUAACUUCUAAUCAGAAUAGUUUGCAAUGUUUGAAGAUGAUAUAAGUAAUGCUUCCCUUAAAAAUCUAAUUGAUGAAUUCGAAAGCCUAAAUAUGAAUCAAGUAGGAAGAAUUAUAGCUUUUAGAUUAAACAAAGAUAAAAAGCUAUAAGAUGAGCUCUAAAAAAGGCAUUAAGAUCAAAUCCUAGAGGAUCUUGAGUGCAGAUUCUCUCCAAUCAUCAAUAAAAAGUCUUAAAUUUUAGACUAGCAAAGGAAGUAGAUAUUUUAACAACAAAGUAAUGAGUUAAAUGAGGAUCAGAGUGAAUUUAAUAAGAAUGAAGAGGUAGUAACAAUGAAGAGAUCGAAGAGCAUGAACUAGUUCAGUCAAGGCUCAAAGUAUUAGCAUAAAUAACACAAUUUUAUCAAUUAGAUUCAAAACUAAUUCUAGCAAUAAUACCCAAUACUCUCUUAAAGAUCAAGAGAAAGUUUACAAAACAACUCCCUUAUUAAUGAUAAGCUUAUAUCUCAAUCAGUAUUUAUAUAGAAAAACAAUAAAUCUAGAGAUAGCUCAGCACUUCAAAAGAAAUAGAAAUCGAUGUCACAUAUAUCCUAGCACUCUAACAAUAGAGGUAUCGCUCAUUAACUUAUAAAAAUACCAGAACCAGUCCUAAAAAGCAACUAUUCCAGAUAAAGUAUGUUGUAGCAGAUUAAUCUCUCUAAAAAUAAUGAUAGGGUAACUAUUCAAUCCUAGAAUGGCCCCUCUCACAGGUAGUCGUAGCUAAGCUCUCAAAGGUAAUCUGUGAACCCCAUGAACAACAGUAAUAGACCAACCAUAAUUAUUAAGUAGUAAAAAGAAUUGGAUUAGUCUUUGUUUCAGCCGAUCCUAAGUAAAAAGAGAUCUAAUGACUAGCUAUUGCAAUCAAAUCCCUCGAAUGAAUUUAUGCUAAAAUUGACGCUGACAGAUGAUAAGGAAUACCAAAUAAAGGUAAUGAGAGAUUCAGACGCAGCUUUGCUAGCUGCUGAGUUUUGCUUAGAACACAAUUUGCCCUCAGAGAUUUAGAAUGAAGUGGAAGAUUUAAUUAAGAGAUCGAAAGCAUAAGAAUUUAUAGCUUAAAAAGUAUGA